AUUACAUAAAUCGCAAGUGAACCCAUGAGUCCCAUAUACCAUUUUCUUUUCCUAUUCUUCUGCUACAUUCUGAUUGCAGAAUCUGUAGAUCCGUCGGGUCAGUUCUGUGAUGACAGUACUAAAAUAACAAACACCGAAAUAUCCAAAAAUAUCGAUAGCCUCUUGCCUAAGUUAGUACUAGGCACGUCUCAAUACGGGUUCAUUACAACCUCGUAUGGUAAAGGCGAAGCGCAAGUCUACGGCCUGGCGCAAUGUAGAGGAGACGUUGGUAGCGAAGACUGCUCGACUUGUAUCCAAGAUGCAGCAAACGAAAUCCGUAAGCGCUGUCCAAACCAAUCUGAUUCUAGGAUUUGGUAUGAAUAUUGCUUUCUGAGGUAUAGUACACAGAACUUCUUCGGACAAGUGGACACAGGUUUCGGUAUUUACUAUUACAAUGUUCAGAAUGUAACAGAUCCUGAUCCUGAUACAUUCAAUAAAGAACUAGGUUCCCUGAUGGAUAAGAUUAGUUCAGAAGCUAUCUUGCCUGGGAACAAAGGUCUUGGAAAAGCAAAGACUAAACUUACACCUUUUAAUACUCUCUAUGCCUUGGUGCAAUGCACUAGGGAUCUAUCGCAGCAAGGUUGUGCCGAGUGCCUUGCCAUUGCCAUAGGCAAUCUUCCGACGUUUUGCGAAGACAAGAAAGGUUGUCGAGUUUUAUACAGCAGUUGCUACCUGAGAUACGAACUUUAUCCCUUCUAUUUUCCUCUGGAUUCACAAGAGUCCUUAGAUGGUGCCUCUAUGAAUUAUCGUACAUCUAUAGUUUAUAAACCUUAAUAUGUCAUGCCUCAGAGUAAUGCAUAUGUUUCCUUUCCUUUCCUAUAUUACUCAUUUGCUGAAUGAAACCUUCCAUUUCGUGUACUUAUAUGUACAAUAUGCGAGGAUAGAUGUGGACAGUGGAA